AAGUAACUGCAGUAAAUUCAGUAUAAUAGUCAAUGUCCCUGUAGACCAACAACAUGUAUUUCAUUUUGAAAUAUGCACUUUAAACCGCUGUCCUAAUUGUGUAUGAGCAGGCAAUGGUGAGGGCAGGAGUCCAGGUCACAGAAAAGAAAGAAGUUCUGGCAAUGGAAAAUGAGGGAGAUGCCCACAUUGUUCGGAGAGAGUCCCAAAUUGACAUCACUUCAUCUGAUUUCCUGAGCUGUGAGGAGACGGCCGACGCUGCGGUACCACAGCCUCUGUCGGUCAGGCAGCUGGUGGUGCGUCGUGGCCUGACCGUGCUCUUCAUGGUGCUCAUCCUCGCAGCGGGGAUACUCACCAGCCAAAUGCUUCUCAAACACAAAUGACCGACAAUAUACUGCUGGCUGUCUCACAACUGUGUGGUUUGGGUUAAGUGCUACAUCACAUAGUAAUAGACAGUGGUGGAAUUUAACCAAAUAGGCCUACAUUUACUCAAGUAACCUACUGUACUUAGUACAAUUUUGACAUAGCCUACUUGUAUUUCACUUGAGUUUUUUCAUUUCCUGCUACUUUCUGCUCUUACUCCAAUACAUUUGAGAGGCAAAUAUUUUACUUUGACUUUACUAUAUUUAUUUGACACUUAGAGUUAGUAGUUACUAUACUACUAAUCUACCCAGUAGUAUACAGAAUAUAUAAAAUUGGA